AUGGCUACAAUUUCGAACGCGCAUCGGGUCCCAUCCCCAAGGAAUCGAGCUCCUUUCAACGAUGAAGAUGAGACCAUGAGCACAUUGCCUGACCCGCGAAGCCGAGCACUCUCCCCUGCUAGUGAUCAUGCUCCAUCUAGCCCUUCACAACAUCCCGAUCUGAGCAACGAAGUGGCUACCCUUAGCAAUAAACUCAUAAAUGCAAUCAACCACCAAACAAGCCUAGACGACACCCUCUCGGCGACGCGUCACGAACUGGAGGCUUCGCGGGAACGCAUCAGACAACUUGAACAAGAGAAUCAGGAGCAUGCCGACUUACUAGCUCGAGGAAUUCUGGUCAAAAAGUCAAUUGCUGAUGCGGAAAAGAGCGAACUUGUUUCAAGUCUUGCAGACGAGAGGAGACAAAGAGGAGAAAUCGAAAAGGAAAAGAAGAAUAUUGAGCAAGAGCUUGAGAAUCUGACCACAGCUUUGUUCGAGGAAGCAAAUAAGAUGGUCAUCACGGCUCGAGAAGAAGCGCAGAAGGAACAUGACAUUGUCCAACGAAAGAAUGAGCAACUGAAAGCACAACUUGCCGAUAUGGAGAGUUUGCUGAAAUCACAUCAAGAACAGCUCGCAGAAUUGAAACGAGUCAUGGAGCAAAUGAGCGAAGUACGCGACGAUCAAACCAAUCCAACAGCGCCUUCUACUCCAGGGCUCAGCAAGUUCGAUGCAAGGGACGAAAGUAUUCAAGAUGGAGACGUAGUUCACGCGAUAUCUAUUCCAGAACCAGCAACACCAACCUACCCGACUAGCUUUACCCAUCUCCUACACAUGGUUCUGCGAACUGAUUUAUCGGCAUACGAUGAUUUCACUUCUCUGCUGAGGAUGUCAAAAAAUGUUGCCGGCAGCAGAGCAUCUAGCGGCUCAUAUGGGUCGAUUGGGCUUGGAUUAGGCCUUGGUGGCUAUAGCUCAGGGACAACAACGCAGCAACUCCCUGCCAAUGGAUCCACCUCCUCACUAUCGACAGCGGGCGCUGUUGCAUCCUCACCUGCAACCCCUACGACACCAGUAUCAUCUGUCAGUACUGGUUCGGCAAAUGGGCCGAACUCCCUCACUCCUCUUAAAGAAACAAAAUUCUACAAGAGAGCAUUAGCUGAAGAUAUUGAGCCGACCUUACGACUCGAUGCUGCGCCCGGCCUCUCGUGGCUGGCUCGAAGAAAUGUGCUCAAUGCGGUAUGCGAAGGCACGCUUAUUGUGGAACCAAUACCCGCCUCCACAAAGUCGUAUCUCUUUGCUUGCUCUCUUUGCGGAGAAUCGCGCAAGGGCCCGGCUCAUGUAAGGAGCCAUCGGUUCAGAACUAGCGAGAAUGACAAUGCACAAAGAUAUCCUUUAUGCAAGUACUGCCUUGGCCGAGUGCGUUCGACGUGUGAUUUCCUCGGAUUUCUACGAGUGUUAAAGGAUGGACACUGGAGAGCAGAGGACCAGGAGGCUGAGAGGGCGGCUUGGGAAGAGAGCGUUAGACUAAGGGAGCAGAUGUUUUGGAGUAGGGUUGGCGGUGGGGUAGUACCUGUAUUAUCUCAGAGCCAUACAGAUCCCUCGCGGAGUCCCCGUGUGGGUCAGAACGAGCGAAGAGAGCAGGAGGAGAAGCUCAGCGAGGAGUUCGAGAAGACAGGAGAGAUCAAGCCAAGGGACGUCACUCCCGUGUUGGAAUCGCCUGCUACUCCGACUGCAAAGACCUUAAGAGAGACCCACAAAGUCUCGACCAGAGAUGGCACAGCCGAGGGCCUAUUGCAGGCUGCACAAGAGGAUGCUGCAGUCCUCGCUGAGGCAAAAGAUGAAAGGGCGGGCGAGGCGAGUGCAGAGAGGCAUAAUGCAGAUAGAACGUCUACUCAAUCCACGUCCUCAUUGAAGGUCGUUCCACCCGGGGAGGGAGAGAGGGAUGGGGUGAAGAGCCUUUCUAUUACUAUUCCGGGGACAUUUGAAUGA